AGCGAGGCCAAGGUUGCUUGCAGUGUUUGAAUGUUGAGAAGCGAUGACGUCCUGCCUGCCAUACCUGGUGCUCCUGUGGGGCGCCCUCGGGGUCGCCGACACGGCCAAGAUCAUCGUAGUGCCGCCCAUCAUGUUUGAGAGCCACAUGUACAUCUUCAAGACGCUGGCCGCCGCCCUGCACACACGGGGCCACCGCACCGUGUUCCUGCUGUCAGAGGGCCGCGACCUGGCGCCCUCGCCCCACUACGGGCUGUGGCGCUACCCGGGCAUCUUCAACAGCUCAGCCUCAGACGCCUUCCUGCAGGCCAAGAUGCGCAACAUCUUCGCGGGGCGGCUGACGGCCGUGGAGCUGUUCGACAUCCUGGACCACUACACGCAGAACUGCGACAUGAUGCUGGGCAACAGCGCGCUGCUGCGGGCGCUGCGGCGGGAGCGCUUCGACCUGCUGCUCGUCGACCCCAACGACAUGUGCGGCUUCGUGAUCGCGCACCUGCUGGGCGUGCAGUACGCCGUCUUCUCCACCGGCCUCUGGUACCCGGCUGAGGUGGGCGCCCCCGCGCCCCUCGCCUACGUGCCCGAGUUCAACUCGCUGCUCACGGACCGCAUGAGCCUGGUGCAGAGGAUGAAGAAUGCGGGUGUGUACCUGGUGUCGCGGCUGGGGGUGCACCUGCUGGUGCUCCCCAAGUACGAGCGGGUCAUGCGGAAACACGGGCUGCUGUCCGGCCGCUCCCUGUAUGACCUGGUGCAAGGCUCCAGCCUGUGGAUGCUGUGCACCGACGUGGCGCUGGAGUUCCCUCGGCCCACGCUGCCCAACGUCGUCUACGUGGGCGGCAUCCUCACCAAGCCGGCUGGCCCGCUGCCCCAGGACCUGCAGAGCUGGGUGGACGGCGCCAGCGAGCACGGCUUCGUCCUCGUGUCCUUCGGCGCCGGCGUGAAGUACCUGUCGGAGGACAUCGCCCACAAGCUGGCCGGGGCGCUGGGGCGGCUGCCCCAGAAGGUGAUUUGGAGGUUUUCUGGAACCAGACCCAGGAACCUGGGGAACAACACGAAGCUCCUGGAGUGGCUGCCACAGAACGACCUGCUGGGGCACCCUCACGCCAAGGCCUUCCUCAGCCACGGCGGCCUGAACAGCAUCUUCGAGACCAUGUACCACGGCGUCCCGGUGGUGGGCAUCCCGCUCUUCGGCGACCACUACGACACGAUGACCCGCGUGCAGGCCAAGGGCAUGGGCAUCCUGCUGGAGUGGAAGACCGUGACGGAGGCCGAGCUGCACGCGGCCCUGGUGCAGGUGAUCAGCGACCCCAGCUUCCGCAGGCGGGCCCGGCAGCUGUCUGAGAUCCACCGGGACCAGCCCGGGCACCCCGUGGAGCGGACCGUGUACUGGAUAGAGUACAUCCUGCGCCACCGCGGCGCCCGCCACCUGCAGGCCGCCGUCUACCAGCUGUCCUUCUGGCAGUACUUCCUGCUGGACGUGGCCGCCGUGCUGCUGCUCGCCGCCGCCCUGCUGGGCGCCCUGCUGGCCUGGGCCGCGCCGCUCGCCUGUAGGCAGGCCCGCCGCUGCUGGGCCCGGCGCAGGCCCGGCGCCGUGAACGGACAUCACGUCAACGGGGUUGUGAACGGCAGGUGCAAGAGGAAUGGCCACGUCCUGCAUGACAAGAAGUCCAAGUGAGCCGCGGCCCGUGGCCUGC